AUGAAGAUUACUCCUCCAUCAAUCACCCUGUUCUUGAGCCUUUUGGUGCCAGCAAUAGCUCUCUCAGAAUUCGACUGUGACGGAGUAAUCAUUCCUAUGCACCUUGUCAUAGAAGCCAUAAAUGCUGAUAUUCACGAAAAAAACGGUCGUAGCAAUUAUUUGGGAAAUGCUGAUCUGAUUCUCGAGAGUAGGAACGCGAGAAUCCAUUUUCGGCUUGAUAGCGAUCCAUACUGGAGGUCCUGGGUUGAAUAUGGUAGCGAGGGGCAAGUCUUAUCAGUAAAAUCUUCGUAUGGGGAAUGUACAGGGCACUGA